CCGUCAUCUACGUCCGCACCCACGCGAUGCCCCUCGUCGACCCAAUAAUAAUGUCGACCACCCUCGCCAAAGGCGCCGCCGCGCAGGCGCAAGCACAAGUCGCCUUCUCUAAGACGGCACCGGUCUCGCCUGCUACGACGCUCCGCCCGGUACAGAUCCGACCGACGCCGCUCGCCCAGGCCACGCGCCCACGCGCUCCCGCCCUGCUGGCCGUCCUCUUCAUCGCGCGCUUCCGCCCUCUCGUCACCGACCCCGUCUCGGCCAUGGCCACCGCCCUCCCCUUCGUCGCCGCCCUACAGGUCGCUUACCGCCGAGGGCGGGUGCGGACGCGGGUGCGCCCCAAUGCUGUUGCUACUUCGCUCCUCUCACUGGUUCUCUCGCUUCUCGUCUCGCCCUUCCUAUACGCGGCCAUGAUCCUAUUCGGCGCGCCCUUCCUCACGCACAGCGCGCAUACCUUCCUGUGCGCGGCGCACCUAGCCGUGCUAACGCUCCUCCCGCUUUUCUUCGUGCACGGCGUGGAUGGGAGUGCCUGGGCGGUUGUAGGCAGCUUUAGCGCGCCUCUCGACGAGACAUUUGGUGGACUGCUAGGAGGCAUGGUGGGAGCUUGGCUUGGGGCCGUGCCAAUCCCGCUGGAUUGGGAUCGCGAGUGGCAGCGGUGGCCGGUUACGAUUCUGUGUGGUCUGUAUGGGGGGUACGUACUCGGACGAGUUGUGGGAGGGACAUUGGUUUGGGGAAAGAGCUUCUGAGGGCAGAAAUAUAAAAACACGGCGGGUAUAAGUAAGCUGGAGGUGUCGGGGCGGGAGAAGAGUUGGAGGAGAUACCCUUACUGCGCAGGGAUGGACACUGAGAGGGCAUAUUGUAUAUUUCCCAACUGGGUAGUAAACCAUAUAACGCGGAAUAAAUAUCCUCGUCUGGCCACAUGUGAAAAUCAUAACAAUCCCGAGCUGGAAUGCCCUUCGCGUGUGCAUUAACUACAGAUUGGAAG